AUGUCUACAAAAGUUAUAAGUCAACAACCAACAAGAACAAAUUCAACAAAACAAAAAUUAUCAUUAUUUACAUUUGAUUCAGAUGAUUUAUCAUCAACUACUUCCACCAACACCACCACAAAUCAAGGACAAAAAUCACCAUCAUCAAUUAUUUCAACAUCACCAAAAUUAAGAAAAAAUAAAUCAUCAGUUUCAAUAAUACAAUGUGAUGAAAGUUGUAUAUUUGAAAGAUCAGUACAAGAUUCUUGUUUAUUCGAAAAUACUAAUUCAUCAUCAUCAUCAACAAAAAGAACAAAUUCAAUAAUUUCAUUAUCAAAUUCAAUUUAUAAUACUAGUUCAAUAACAAAUAUCAACAAUAAUAAUAUAAGUAAUACAACAAUAAAUUAUUCAGAUAUAAGAAGACCAAGAUUAUCAAAUCAAAAUUCUUCAAUUUCAAUUCAUCUGAUUCAUAAACAUGAAGAUUUAAUUCCUCCUGCUUUAGAUGCUAAUUGUUAUUUAUCACAUACUUCUGAAUCAAAUUUAAAAGAUUUAGAUAAAUCUACUAAUAAUAAUAAUAAUUAUGAUAAUUUUUAUCAAUCAAGAAGAAAUUCUUCUGUUUCUGCUUUAAAUAUGGCAUUAGGUAGAAAAAUUAAAUAA